AUGAAAUUACAUAAUAAUAAUUGUAUUAAUGAGAAUUUUCGAAAAAACAUUGGAAAUUAUGAAGCUCAUUAUAUGCAUUCAAAUCAUCAGAGCAAAACUAUUAACUAUAAUAACAAUAGCAAAGAUGUAGGCGGCAACAUUAUAAUUAUAAAUGAGAAAAAUGAAAAGUUUUGUACUAACACCAAUCGUAUUUUAUCAGGCUAUAAUAAUGUCAUUGAUAUUAGCAAUAUGGAAAAAUGUACUGAAGACCUUAACAAUAAUAAUCAUAUUGAGAAUAAUGAAAAAGAUAUCAUGAAUAUACAUAAUAUAAAUUAUAUUUUUAAUAACACUGAUAGUGAUAGAAAUUUUUUUGUGGAUUGUCUUGACAACAUAUGUAAAAAUCAGGAUAAAAUGAAUGGAGACGACAAUAACUAUGAUAAAAAAACUAAUAUUACCAUCAUCGAUAAUAAAAAAGAUAAUGACAAUGAUGAAAAUAAGAAAGGCAAUGACAAUAAUGAAAAUAAAAAAGAUAAUGAUAAUGAUGAAAAUAAGAAAGAUAAUGACAAUAAUGAAAAUAAAAAAAAUAAUGAUAAUGAUGAAAAUAAGAAAGAUAAUGACAAUAAUGAAAAUAAAAAAGAUAAUGAUAAUAAUGAAAGUAAGAAAGAUGGUGACAAUGAUGAAGAUAAAAAAGAUAAUGAUAGUGAUGAAAGUAAGAAAGAUGGUGACAAUGAUGAAGAUAUUUGCAAGAAUGUAUACGAAUUAAAAAGCGAUGAACAUGAUGUAGAAAUUAGUUCUGCUUCAUACAUCAGUGAUAAUAAAAUAGAUAUGCCUGAAAAAUGCAAUGGGAAUACAAUUGAAAAUAACAACAAAGAAAAACUAUUAAACGAUGAGAUUUCUGCAAAAAAACAAAAGACUGUAAGAAUAUUGAAUAAUGAAAUAAUUUCUACAAAUUUGGAUGAUAAUAAAAAUAAUAUAUUUGCACCAGGUUACACCAUGAAUCCUAGUGUGUCAAUUGGAGAUACACAACAUAAUAAUAAUAAUAAAAAUAAUAAUAAAAAUAAAAACAUAAAAUGUCAUGAAGAAAACAAACAAAAAAAUUGUGCUAAAUUAGAACAGCGUUUAAAAACGAAAUCACAUUUAGAUAAUAACAAUUUAACUGUGUGCGGAAAUUUAAAAAUAAAAGAUGAUGACAUAAAAAAUACAGACUCAACAACUGAAGAUAAUACCCAGAAACAUAAUGGAGUUUUACACACUAUAAAAAAAAAUGUGAACAGUUGCGAAACUUUUCAAAUGAUAAAUUCACGGGAUAAUUCCAUUUUAGAAAAAAGUUCUAUAAUUCAAACAGAUACCAUUGAUGAAGAAAAUGUAAAUAGAGUUAAAAUAGCAUAUAAAGAAAAAAUAAAAGAUAAUAAUGAUAUAAAAAAUGAGUAUUUUAAUAAUGAAAAUAGUGAUGUGUAUAUGUUAAGUAUUCAAGAAAACAGCAAUAUAGGAAAUAAUAUUUCCAAUUAUAGUUAUUCUUUGAAUAAAAAAAAUAUAUAUAAUGGCAAUGAACUUGAGCAUAAAGAAAUCUAUUAUAAUAAACCGCUUAUAGGAAUGAAAAAUUCUUUUAAGGGUCCCCUAAAUGUCCCUAUGCCAAGGUUAACUAGUGAUCAGAAUUUUCACAAAAAUAAUAAAUUAUCAUCGUGUAAAAAUGAAAAAAAUUUAUUUAGUUCAGGCAUAUUAGAAUUAAACCAUGAAAAAAAUAGUGAAAAUAAUUUGUUAUCUCGAAAUAUGUUAUAUAGCCAUAAUAAAGUAUUCAAUAAUAUAUUCCCUCAAAAUACAAAUGAUAAUGUUGAUGGACUUAAAUAUUUUGAUGAAUCACAAAUAAAUCAAAUAGAUAAUCAAAUAAAAGAUAAAUAUUUCAUUAAAAUGUCAAAAAUAUUUUCUAACUCAAAAGAUGAAUAUACAAAAUGGGUUUUACAAGAUGAAUAUAUGGAAAAUACGCAAACAAAAGACAAUAAAAUUGAUGAUUCUGGUAAUGAUAAACAAAUUAGCAAUUUACCAAAUGAUCUGAAAGAAAAUUAUAAUGAUGUAGUAAAAAAUGAAGAAAUACAAUGUCAUGUUGAAAUAUCACCAAAUACUUACAAUAAUUUAAAAAAUGGGUAUAGUGACAAAAAUACAAAUACAAACACGAUAAUAAAAGAUCAAAUUAAUACAAAAGAUAUAGAUGAAAAGGAUUGUGAAAAAUCCUAUUUUUGUUGUCCUAUAAAAGAGCAAACACCCGUUCCGAAUUCUACAAAUUCUGGAUUAUUAAAUACGAUAUUUCGAAAAAUUCUAUUUAAGAAGAAUAAUAAAUUUAUGAUAAAAUCAAAAAAUGGUUCUAAUAAUCUACGAAAAAAAUUACCUAAUAGGAAUUUUCAUAUCCCUAAAAAAUCCUUGACAUUACAUGCGUAUUCUUGUGGGACUAAAGUAAAAUCCACUAUAUUAUUUGAAAAACCAAGAUUGAAAAAUGAAAACAAAAAAGACAAUACUUCCAUACAAAAUAUAAAGGAUAAAUUUAAUAAUUUAACAUCAUUAUAUUCAACAGCUAUAGAUAAAAAAAUAAUUAAAAAUACUCCAAAAAAAGCAAAAAUAUAUAAUAAGAAACAUGUGAAUCCAUAUAAAUAUUGUGAAGCAAUGAUAUAUAAUAAUAAAGGACAUCACCAUGUAUUAAAUAGUAUGACCAACCUUCAUAAAGCAUACCCUAAGUGUGAAAUAAUAUGUAGAAUUCCAAAUAAAAAGAUUAAUUGUAUUCAUUAUAAAAAGUUUCCGACCCCUAAGAGAUUAAUUACAAAUCCGAUGUAA